AUGCAGGCUGAGGAAUACAAUCGCCGAGGUAAGGAGUUGGUGGACUACAUCACAAAGUACUUGGGCUCCAUCCGGGAGAGAAGGGUGAUUCCAGAUGUGAAGCCAGGCUACAUGAAGGAACUUCUACCAGACACGGCACCCACAGAGGCCGAAGACUGGGAGAGAAUAUUUGAUGAUAUUGAGAAGGUUAUCAUGCCGGGAGUGGUCCACUGGCAGAGUCCUCACAUGCACGCCUAUUACCCUAGUCUGACAUCAUGGCCCUCAUUGCUGGGGGACAUGCUGGCUGAUGCCAUCAACUGUGUUGGCUUCACCUGGGCCUCUAGUCCUGCUUGCACAGAGUUGGAAAUGAACGUGAUGGACUGGCUUUGUAAAGCCUUGGGCCUUCCCCAAUUCUUCCUCCAUUACCACAGCGAGAGCCGGGGAGGAGGUAUCAUACAGAGCACCGUCAGCGAAAGCACACUCGUGGCUCUUCUGGCGGCCAGGAAAGACAAAAUUCUGCAACUGCGUGCUGACCUAGACCACGAACUGGAUGACUCUGUCCUAAAUUCAACGCUAGUGGCUUACGCUUCAGAUCAGGCACACUCCUCAGUGGAAAAGGCGGGUCAGAUCUCUCUCGUAAAGAUCCGAUUCCUACCCACAGAUGAGCAUUUGUCUCUUAGAGGAGAGAUGUUGAAACAGGCCAUACAAGAGGACAAAAGCAGAGGACUGGUCCCUUUUCUGUUAUGUGCCACUUUGGGAACCACGGGCGUGUGUGCCUUUGACACACUCUCAGAAUUGGGACCCGUGUGCGCACAAGAGGGACUAUGGCUCCAUGUGGAUGCUGCUUAUGCUGGCUCGGCCUACUUCUGUCCAGAGCUGCGCUGGUCGCUUGAAGGCAUUGAAUUUGCACACUCGUUUGUCUUCAAUCCAUCAAAAUGGAUGAUGGUCCAUUUUGACUGCACAGCUUUUUGGGUCAAAGACAAACUCAAACUUCAACAGACGUUCAGUGUGGACCCCGUUUAUCUCAGACACGAAAACUCACAAGCAGCCACAGACUUUAUGCACUGGCAGAUUCCACUCAGUCGGCGUUUCCGCUCCCUCAAGCUCUGGUUCGUCAUGCGUUCCUUUGGACUGAAAAAUCUCCAGGGACAUAUCAGACAUGGUAUUGAGAUGGCAAAGCUCCUGGAGUCUCUGAUAAGAAGUGACCCAAACUUUGAGAUUCCUGCAAAGAGAUAUCUCGGCCUGGUUGUUUUCUGUCUCAAGAAAGGUAAUGCUUCAACCCAGGAGCUGCUGAGGAGGCUGACACGCUCUGGUGCCAUGUACCUCAUUCCAGCAGACAUUCACCGCAAACGCAUCAUUCGAUUCACCGUGACCUCACAGCACACCACGGCAGAUGACAUUCGCAGAGAUUGGAACAUUAUUUCCAAAAUAGCUUCCAAUCUCCUCGCUGAAACGCGGGCUCUUGAUAGUUCAAAGACCUUAGGAGCCACAGUGAAAGGCGAUGAAGACAUAAGUGUCGGGGUACUGGAGAGUGAAGAGACCGCCCCGAGGAUGGACAAGGCCCAAGUGGAGCUUUGGAUCGACAAAGCUUGGAAUCAAUCCAGGAGACCCAUGCGCUCUCUGAGCUGCAACAGUGAGCCUCUGCCAUACAGUUAUCUCGGUCUAAGAAGCGGCUACGCCUUUGAAACAAAGCUGAGCCCUCAAGAUGAAGUCGACCUGCCAACGUUAGCGACGACUGGAGGUGCUACCGCAGGAAAGAUAGCGGAGCUGCCUUCUAAAAUUGUCAGCAAGCAAAUCAUAAAAAAGCUGACCAAGUUCAACAGUGUUCCAAGCUUCUGGAAUCAGUGGGCGCAGGGUGGUCACCACCAGAUCUGCUGCCCUCUAAAAGUGUCUCAGGCUCCAAAGCAUUUGACCUCCACUUGUAGGAGAAUAAGCUGUACGCCAUCUUCCCCCGUUACCAACCCAGCUGCCUCUCCCAACCCCAUGGAAACUACUACUUCCAAACUUCUGUAA